GUGGCGGUCGUGUUAUUCGAAAUAGUGGAGCGCAUGGAGAACGUGGACGUGCUUAUGGACUCGGUAGAAAUGGUGGUGGCACUAAUGUUGGUUCUCGUGAUGGUCGUCCUAUGUCAAACAAUCAACCGUUUCAACGUGAAGGACGUUUUUCUGGAGAAACACAAAGAGAAGGACGUUUCUCUAGAGGAGAAUCCCAACAACAACAAGAUAAUCAACAUUAUAAUCAACAAAAACAAUAUAACCAAUCAUCACCUCGUAUUAAUCAAAAUGUCAGAGGAACAAUGCGUGGAGGACGAGAGGGAGGCAGAGGAUUUCAACAGACUGUUCAUCGUGAAGGACGAUUUGCGGACAAUGAAAGAGAUUCCCAUCGAGAAGGUCGUUUCGCUGGAGAGGAUUCGCAGAGAGGUCGAUUUUCUAGAGGUGAUUCACAGAGAGAAGGUCGAUUUGCGGGAGGUGGAUCACAGCGAGCACGUACUUUUGGAGGAGAUUCACAACGAGGACAUCAUGAAGGAGGACGUUUUGCAGGAGGAGAGUCACAGCGAGAAGAAAGUUUUUUUGUUGGAGAUACACAACAAUUCCAAUCGCAAGAAUAUAACCAGCAACAUAAUUCGCAACAUCAAUACAAUCAACCACCGCCUAAUCAGAAUAUCAAAGUGCCAAUGCGCGGAGGACGAGGGGGAGGAGGUGGUUUUGGGGGUGGCAGCCAUCGAGGUAAUUUUCAUCAAGAAGCAAAUGUUCAAUCUCCUAUUGUACCACCACAACAACAAUACAAUCAACAGGCACACGUUAAUUAUCAGGCCCCAACACGUGGAGGACGAGGUGGAGGUGGAUUUGGGGGUGGCAGUCAACGCGGUAAUUUCCAAGGUUCGGUGCCUUCCCGUGCAGCACCUUUACCUCAACAACAGGUAAUGCCACAAUAUGCUGGGGGAGAUAACAACUACAACAGCAAUAUGAGCCAAGUUCCUCCUCCCCAAAUACCAAUUCAACAACCUAUUGUGCAACAUUAUCAGCCUCAACAACAGCAACAGAUAUAUCGCCAGCCACCACAGCAAAUUGCAAUGGCUCCUCCGCCUCUUAUGGGACAACAGCAAAAUUAUCCUCAUCCGAGACAGCCGACAGAGCCUGUAUUUUUCGUUACUGACCAGCAACAGAAUCGAAUGAUGGGACAGUUUCCAAAACAAGAACGUCAACGGCAACCCUUACAUAUUGAACCUCCACAUUAA